CUCAAACGGUCCUGCGCUUUUAUCUGCAUAACGGUAUCUUCACGCACGACUGGAUAGGCCUUUUGGAUACGCUUGUCCAAGGCCCAAGACAUAAAGUAGCCUGCAAUCAUUCCAUUGCUGACCCAUCGGAUGGUUAUCACUUAAUCUAGAAUCAUGGAUACCUUUCAUAUCUGCGCAUCACAAGUUGGAUCUAGUGGUCAAAAUUGGGACAAUGUUGCCCAAAAUAAAUGUUUUCAUGGAGUGAACAAGACCUGCCAACAGAGCUCACUGGAGCAGGGAGACAUCCCGUCAUCCCUUCGGCACCUGACAAAGAUUCAGAUCCUGCUGAACGAUGUUAAGCAGUCCAUUAACCACAUGCAGGGGAAGCUGAACACCAUGCAGGGGCAGUGUAUUGAGUUGCAGACUGCCAUAUCUAAGAUCAUCCCAGCAGCCGACGUUGCUGUACAGAGUGGGGGGAGGGAAACAUCCAACAUCGCUGGGCAGGGGGAGGGGAUCCUCCCAAAAGCCAACUUUGCUGCGCAGAGGGAGGAGAUCCUCCGAGCAUCAGGCCUCAUCCCUGCACAGAGGGAUGGGAUCCUCCAAUCAACCAGUGUUCCUGCACAGAGGGAGGGGAUCCUCCCCACAGCCAGCAUCCCUGUGGAGAAUGGAAACAAUCAUCCACAACCACCUCCCAUCAUCCCCAUGUUGGCACCACUGUGGAAAUGGGAUGGUGGAGUGUGUACUCCACCUGUGGAUUUCUAUUCCAAGAGAAGAGAUGUCCGGCUUAGAUAUGUUGAGCAUCCUGCUAUGAUGUCCAUCACCAAGCCAGAACACUCCGAGGCCAACCCUCAGUGCCAGACUGGCAGCCGGCCGGUGGCUGAGCCCGAGACCCCUGCUGUUCACAAGAACAGUGGAAGCUGGCUCAGCUGGGUCUUUGGGAGUGGAAAAGUUAAUAAGAAGGAGGUUCAUCUACCUGAGGACAAAGACAGAUCUAUUGUCUGGGAUCCAACUCUGCACAGAUGGGUUGACAAAACUGAGCCCAAGGCUGAGAACAAGCUUGUACCACCAACUCCACCGAUGGGGAUGUAUGGAUUUCAGGGGAACCCUGGCAGUGUCCCCAAAGGAGUGAAUCCUUACUCCAUGAAAGCAGCAGGUCUAUGGGGCAGCAGAUACCCUACAAUGCAUUACACUGAUGGGACCAACUCAAAGCCUCCAAGCCAGGGGCCUGGACCACUUCCUCGACAGCUCUCUGGCCUGCUCCCUCCCUCACACUUUGACCUUAUGGCACCAAUGAUUGUGCCACCUGACACUCUACCCUACUGAUGUAUGAAUCUGGAAAAUCCUUCCAAAAUGUAUCCAUUCAUCAUUAACUGAGCUUUUACUUUAACAUAGCAAAAGGCUGAAGUAGCACGGAUGUUAACUAUUUUUCUUUUUGUCCAAC